AAUAAUUUGAAGAGCUGCUCUGAGGGUAGUCCGCCGCCUGCUGCCGCUUGUUCAUCAUAGCAUAUAGGAGAUCAUCAGUUGCUUGCCCUUGGUUCUGAUAUGCAGUCAAACAGCAAAGAUCUGCUUCACUUGGAGACUGAAGGCUUGUCAUUGGAAUCAAAACUUCUCUUUUGCACUAGUGAUGGUGGAUCUCAAUCCCUAAAUUUGAAACCUGAAAUUUCUUCUGUACCCAAAAGCCAAGUUCUAACAAAGGUCAAGGAUUUUUUGGGAGUAUUUUUGGAGAACAAUAGAAAAGUGGAGAUUGAAGCUAAGAAGAAUCCUGAGAAAUAUGAUAUUGAAGCUCUUACCGGUGAAGAAUCUGAAUACAUAGAGAUGGACUUAAUGUUGGGUGUUGCUGAACUUCACACACAGGCAGCUGUAUCAGCUGCUGAAUCUGCAAUAGCAAGUUACCAACCAGUAAUCGAUCUGAAUACCAAUGAUACGACAGAAUCUGAAGACAGUAGCGAUGAGGAUGCUACCAGCAAAAGUGAUGAUGGAGCUUCUUCUCUAGGAAAAGAAUCUAAGCUUACGGAAAAGGAUUCUCCUAAGAAAGCAUUGAAGAGGAAACGACAGUCCGUAAAUCGAGCUAACAUAGUUGAGCUCUCUUAGCGCUAAGGACAUUAAACAAUUGCAGCUUAUUUUU